AAACAGACGUACAUUUCCCAGGCUGGUUACGUGCACGGUGACCUGGCCGCCCGGAACGUGCUGGUAGGAGAGAACCUGGUGGUGAAGAUCGCAGACUUCGGCCUGACGACAGACAUCUACGAGCGAGGCUACCAGCGGCAGGACGCGGAGCAGAAGAUCCCCCUGAGGUGGAUGGCACCGGAAAGGCUGAUGCGAGAGGGCCGGUACACCAGCAAGAGUGACGUUUGGUCCUUCGGAGUGGUGCUGUACGAGAUCGCUACGCUAGGGAACGUGCCCUAUCCGGGUCGGGAACGCACGCUCCUGGAGGAACUCCGCACAGGGUACCGCGAACCACGCCCGCCUGGCCUCAAACAAGAGCUGUACGACAUGAUGCUGCGGUGCUGGCAAUGGGAGGAAGACGAUCGCCCAGAGUUUGAGGAUCUUUACGAGGAGCUGGACGCCGUGGUAGAAUCCAUGGCCGAGGGGUAUGUAAAACCCGGUUCCGGCUCCCCAGUGGGGGGUCCGAAUGAGGCAGCAGAAGCUCUUGAAACCUCGUACGACGUCCCAAAGUCGGGCCGGAUGGGGACGCAACUCCACGUCACUGCAGACGUCUACAUCAGCGAAGAUCGUGAUGAAGUCGACUCACUCGCGUCCUCAAGUGCAGAAUCCAGUUCCGUACUAAUAGAGAAGGAUGUGGACUCUGAUAAUGAUGUCCAAGUUAACAACUGCAAGGCCACGCAGCAAGACACCCUCUUAGAAAGUGAAGAUCACGACCAUUAACAAGUGGAAUCCUCCCAGGCCACCGGGUGCAGUAAUUUUGGAUACCAAUAUCGAACAGUUCCGCCGACUCCGAGGUGCCAGUGACAACGAAUGCACAGAAAAAUGAAACCCCGACUAUAAUUGAGCACAACUUCGGUGAUGCUGAAGAAGAAAAGCUGAAGCCUCCAACAACAAGUACAUAUGGUAGUAGGAACUGUUACUGUCCUUUAGGUUGUGGCAGGGCGGGGGCCAAUGUACUAGAGAGCUUUACACGCUUUAUCUAGUAGUAGAGUUUGAAUUUUCCUAUGAGUAUUGUUUGGCUUUGAAUUUUCCUAUGAAUAUUGGUUACCUGGAUGCCCAACCUUCAUCAAAAUAUCUGCAGGUUGUAUUACUGUUUUGUGAAUGCAUUUAUGAACACGGAAAAUGAAUCUCUCAU